AUGUCUCGGGUGCUUACAGUGCUGCUAACGUACGAUGACCCGGAGUGCGGCGGUGCUGCGGAUGCAUUAGUGGAGCACCUCGAGCGUGAUGCCUCAGUCGUGGAGCACUGCCAGCUCUCUGUGAAGCCGAUUCCGGUGCUGCAGAACGGCUCUCACAGAGACGCCCUCUACGGCUCGCUGCAAGACUUGUUUCAGAUGAAACCGCAGGAUAUCUACGCCAUCACGUUUCUCAAGGGGUGCCAGUCGGAGGAGUACCGCAAGGUCAACGAGCUGUGCAACAGCGUGCGGCCAAAUCCCGUGCAGUGCCAAGUAUUGACGCACUUGGCGAAUUACAACGAUGUCGGGCUCAUCAUUCGUAAUUUGGUGCGUCUGGUGCUGGAUGAGAUGACGAAGGAAAAAGCCAGCCGCGGCAGCGCCGAGCUAUCCAAGUAG